UCAGUCUUGUGUUCGUAACUUUGAGGCGUAUCAUGUAACUUGUGGAGUUUAUUAGCAGUAAAUUGUUCACUGUUAACACUUGUGACUUAAGGACUUUGACUUUACGAGUUUAAUUUGGUGUAUCAAGUGCUUUUAUAUUAACUACUACCUCACCAGGCAACCAUAUAAUCCACCAUAUACAAGUACUUUAUAAUGGGAGUAUCCGACCCUAGUUCAUCAACCACCCCCGACCUGCCUCCUCAUGACCAUGAACGUCCUGGAUCUGGUAGUGGGUUUGAUGACGAAGACAUCCCCAGAAGGAAGCAGAGACGCUAUAGAACAACAUUCACAAGUUAUCAGCUUGAUGAAUUGGAGAAAGCGUUUGGAAGAACUCAUUACCCUGAUGUAUUUACGAGGGAGGAACUGGCUCUGAAGAUUGGUCUCACAGAAGCGAGGAUACAGGUAUGGUUUCAAAAUCGGCGUGCGAAGUGGCGGAAGCAGGAAAAGGUGGGGCCACACGCGCAUCCAUAUAGCGGGUACUUGAGUGGGGGGCAACCGUUACCAACUCCGAGCAUGCCGGUACCGCCGCACACACUCAGCCAGCUAGGCUUUGGGCUGAGGAAACCUUUUGACAGUGCUUUAGCGUCCUUUAGGUAUGCGAAUUCGCCGCUAUUCAGUGCACAAUAUCUCCCGCCGCUGUCACGUCUCCCCCAUUUCGGAGCUCCACUAUACGCAACUUCUCCCGCUCACUUCCACUCUCUAUUCGCGAAUCUAACAGUCCCCGAACCUCCACGUUUAUCGCCUGAACAAUCUCGACUAUCGCCCGAAGUCACCCGAUCACCUUCCAUUUCUCCCCCGAUUUCCCCGGGGAGCGAAACUUUACCUCCUUUAACGGAAGAUGUGAGGAGUUCGAGUAUAGCGGCUUUGAGGUUAGCGGCUCGGGAACACGAAUUGCGAUUGGAGUUAUUACGACAGAGAGCUGAUUUGAUCUGCUAAUAGGCUAGAAAACAGUGAAAUAAUCAUGAGGUAAAUAAUAUUAUGUAGGAUGUCCCAUACGGAAAACGCCAUC